AUGAAGUCCUACGCUGGUCUUCUAUUGAGCUUCGGCGCUCUUGCAGCGGCCGCCCCUGCACCUGCACCUCAAGUCACACUCACACCGUUGAGCGUCCCAGCUCCUCCGCUACGCAGCAGCGAGGUGACCGGUCCGACUUCCCACGGCCCAUACAACGGUCCAGCACCGACAGUCACUGGAGCUUUGUCGGCACCUGCCGCUGCCCUGUCAGCAGCACCUGGUGGUCUGCCACCUGUCACAUACACCAACAACAACGGGCUGCUCCAGGCUGGGUACGAGCCGGUUCCAUAUCAGCCGGCUGGUGGUCAGGGCACGAACGGGACCAUCCCGUACUAUCACCCGCUGUCGGACUUCGACUACGAGUCCUUGACGCUCGCACUGUACCAGGAAUGGAUUGAGCUCGAUCUCUUCCACAACGGUCUUGCUCAGUUCUCCGUUGCCGAUUUCGAGGCCGCUGGCCUGACUGCCGAGGAUCGUUUCUUGAUCCAGUUCAUGGCUGAUCAGGAGACCGGCCACGCGACUCUGCUCAGCAACAUUUUGGGACCUGCGGCGCCUCCUCAGUGCACAUACAACUACCCCUACACGAACGUGCGCGAGUUCAUCGACUUCAACCAGAAGCUGACUCGCUUCGGCGAGAGUGGUGUCUACGGCUUCCUCGGCCACUUGGACUCCCGCGAAUCCGCAACCCUCCUUUUGGAAUCGAUCGUCACAGAGGCUCGCCAGCAGAUGAUCUUCCGCCAGUUCAACGGACUGUUCCCCAUGUCGUUGUGGUUCGUCCCGGGUAUCCCGCAGUCGUGGGCAUGGACGCUUCUCGCGCCCUACAUCUCCAGCUGCCCUGCCAACACCACCCGCCUCGCGUGGCAGAACUUCCCAGCGCUGACCAUCGUCAACAACCCCAACGCUGCCAAGAUCAACCCCAACAUUGGCCCUAUCGAUAACACUACCGGCUCAGACCCGCUCAGCACUGCCGGCAUCCAGAACAGCAACUUGUGCGCGAACAGCAGCAAUGAGCUCCAGGACUGCGGCCCUGCCAUCAGCCAGAACAAGUCUAUCCCUCUCUCAUACCCUGGCCGACCCAUCCAGCUCUCGUGGGGAAAUGUCAACCAGACCGUUGGACCCAACAACAGCUACGUGACGUCGCGCAACCCUCUUGCCGAUGCUCCCCGCUAUGCUCUGUUCGUCUCGCAGCUCAACGCGACAUACGUGCCAAUUGUCAACAUCAGUGGCAACACUGGUUUCGUCGUCCAGCCCAACGCCUCGGUAUUCAUGAACGACCCUGCCGUCAACGACACCAGCUUCAUCGCCGUGACCAGCCAGAACCCCUACGUCACACCGUUCAACUUGUCGCUUGUGAACCCAUACGUCUAUGCCGGUCCUGCCUUGUACCAGUCUGGUUAA